AUCUCAGGCCCUGUCCUCUUCAAUUAUACAGAAAGUAAGAAGGAGAAUUUCUACAAACAUUUUUGCGGAACACAUACAGUCCAGAUGGAGAUGGUGUUUGGUCUGGCAGCUGUUUCUUUUGCUGUUGUUUUCUUGGUGUACCUAUGGAGAGUGCUUAACUGGGCAUGGUUUAGGCCAAGAAAGUUGCAGAAGUGCCUGAGACAACAGGGCCUUAAGGGGAACAAAUAUAAGUUCAUCUUUGGGGACCUCAAACAGCUAACCAAGACCACCAAAGAAGCGAAGUCCAAGCCAAUGAAUCUCUCAGAUGACAUAUCCCCAAGAGUAUUUCCUUUCUUCAUUGAUGCCAUCCACAAAAAUGGUGAGAAUUCGUUUGUAUGGCUUGGGCCAAACCCAGUGGUAUUCAUCAAGGAUUCUGAACUCAUAAAGGAAGUCUUAACUAAGCAUACUGUGUUUCAAAAGCCUCCUUCCAAUCCCCUCACCAAAUUGUUAGCCCAAGGAGUUGUAUCUUAUGAAGAAGAUAAGUGGUCCAAACACAGAAGAAUCAUCAAUCCAGCCUUUCAUAUGGAGAAGUUAAAGCAUAUGAUACCGGCUUUCUACUUGAGCUGUAUUGAAAUGUUGGGCGAAUGGGAAAAGAAGAUGGGCAACCAAGCUGGUUUAGCCGAGGUAGAUGUGUGGCCUCACCUUCAACAGUUGAGCAGUGAUGCAAUUUCGCGAACCGCAUUUGGGAGCAACUAUGAAGAAGGAAGGAAAAUAUUUGAACUCCAAAAGGAACAGGCCGAGCAUGUAAUAGAAGUUUCUCGCUCAAUAUAUAUCCCGGGAUGGAGGUUCUUGCCAACUAAGAGGAACAAAAGAAUGAAGGAAAUUGAGAAGCAGGUUCAAGCAUCAAUUAGGUGUAUAAUUGACAAGAGAGUGAAGGCAAUGAAAGCAGGGGAAGGUAGUAAGGAUGAUCUAUUGGGCAUAUUAUUGGAAUCCAAUUUUAAAGAAAUUGAAAAACAUGGAAAUAAUGAUUUUGGAAUGACCACGGGAGAAGUGAUUGAAGAGUGCAAGUUGUUUUAUUUUGCUGGUCAAGAGACCACCUCUGUGUUGCUUGUUUGGACUAUGAUCUUGUUGAGUAGGCAUCAAGAAUGGCAAACAAGAGCUAGAGAAGAGGUUUUACAACUCUAUGGCAAAGAUAAACCAGAUAUUGAUGGAUUAAAUCGUCUAAAAAUUGUGACGAUGAUUCUAAACGAAUCUUUGAGGCUAUAUCCACCUGCAGUGUCACUUGCUCGAAGGACUAAACAAGAAACUAAGCUAGGGGACCUAACACUUCCCCCCGGAGUUAUUAUCUCAAUGCCACUCAUCUUAAAUCAUCAUGACGAGAAGAUAUGGGGCGAUGACGCAAAGGAGUUCAAGCCAGAAAGAUUCAGUGAAGGAGUGUCAAAGGCAACUAAAGGACAGCUAACGUUCCUCCCCUUUGGCGGAGGACCUCGAAUAUGUGUUGGGCUAAACUUCGCAAUGCUUGAAGCAAAACUGGUCAUGGCCAUGAUUUUGCAACAUUACUCUUUUGAGCUCUCCCCAUCGUACGCACAUGCCCCCACCACUGUUAUAACUCUGCAACCUCAGUAUGGCGCUCCGCUUCUACUUCGCAAACUGUAGUUAAUUAGGAAUAUCACAUAUAUUCAGUCUUGAAGGAUUAUACAACUUUCUUUAGAGUAGUUAAAUUUAUAACUUUGUAGUUAUAAAAUUACCAACUUAACUAAUAAAUUUGUAUUUUAAAA